AUGGUUGUAAGAACAACACUUUCAUUAAUACUUUUUCAAAUUAUUACAACUGCCGCAUUAAGACACGAGAAGCCUGUAGCACAAUUAAUAUGGCAAGGUCGAUGCACAAGAAACAAGUAUGCUCUAAAUGAUUGCAAUUGGUGUACGUGUAAUGAGAAACAUCAGUAUACAUGCAAGGCUCGCGUCUGUGAUGAAGUCGACAUGUUUGGACAUUUUAAUGAUGCCAUACGUGAUAUAAACGUUGGUAUGGAGGGACACGGCACGUGGCGCUCUUCAGAGUCUCCCUGCGAACCAGGUGUACACUAUCAGCGAAAAGAUCUCCUUUGUGUUUGCGACGAAGAAGGUAAUUGGCCCAAUCCAGUCUGCCGAGAUAUAUUCCGCAUUCUUCACCCUGUCGAAGUCAUUGAAGCAUUUGAAACAAAGCAUCAAAGUUGUAGUCCAACAAAACUCUAUUUAAUCGGUUGCAAUGUGUGUUUUUGUCCGUCCAAAGGUAAAAUAGACACAGAUAUGUGUACAAAAAGAGAAUGUGUUCACAAUGACCCAGUAAUUAUAGCUCGAGAUGAAAAUAAUGCGGAAAGAAAGGAAAAUGAUAUUAUAGACAAUUAUGAUAUUUAUGCACAAUGUCGUCCAGAUCAUAAAUAUAAAUUGGGCUGUAAGACGUGUAUUUGCCUUAGAAAUAAUAGACUGCAUUGUAACAAUUGCACUUCAAAUGAACAAGCCGUGGAAGCUGUGCAAUCAUAUUGUAGUAAUAUAAAGAAAGGACACUUGUUUAGCAGAGAUUGUAAUUUAUGUUACUGCGAUAAAAAUGGACAUUCAUAUUGUACUGUAAAAAAAUGUUUAAAAUCUAAAAAUAUGUAUUAUAAGGAAUUUAAUGAGCCUUUCAAUGAAGAAAAUUGCAUACCAGGAAAUGUUUACAAAAAAGAUUGUAAUACAUGUUCAUGUGUUGAAAGAGACGGUAAAAAAACGUUCGGGUGCUCAUUAAAAUUUUGUGCAAGAACGAGAAGUACCAAUGAGUUGAUGCAUUUUGACUGCGUUGAGAAUACAGUUUACGAAUUGAAUUGUCUAAUUUGUAGCUGUGAAGUAGUAAAUGGUACAAAAAAACAAUUAUGCGAAGUCAAUCCAAAGUGUAAUGAUGUAACAAGAAAUGCAAAUGAUCUAGAUGAAUUGCAUGGCUAUUGUGAACCGUUGCAUAAUUAUAAGAAAGACUGCAAUGAUUGCCGAUGUUUAUCCGAUGGCAAAACUGUAAUAUGUACAUCACGGAUUUGUGCUAAGCGUUCUCAGAAACCGAUCAGAGUAGAUAUUGUGCCUGUAACACAAAAAGGCGAGCAUUGUCCUAUAGGCCAUUCUUAUAAAAUAGAUUGUAAUUAUUGUUUCUGCUUGUCAAACGGUAAUGCUGUAUGUACGACUAUUGGUUGUAAAAAAUAA